GAAAAUUUCCCAAUUCUCUCUCCUCUGAUCGGUGAAAAGAAAAUUUGAAGGAAAAAAAUCCAUCACCGAUCUAAAUUCCCCAAAUUCUGUUCAAAUCGCCGGCGAAAUUUUGAUCUGAAAAUCUAAAAAUGUCGUCCACAUUCAGCGGCGAUGAAACUGCUCCUUUUUUUGGCUUCCUCGGUGCCGCUGCUGCCCUUGUUUUCUCCUGUAUGGGAGCUGCGUAUGGGACGGCUAAGAGCGGUGUUGGUGUGGCGUCGAUGGGAGUGAUGAGGCCGGAGCUGGUGAUGAAAUCGAUCGUUCCCGUUGUUAUGGCUGGUGUUUUGGGUAUUUAUGGUUUGAUUAUUGCGGUUAUUAUCAGUACUGGGAUUAACCCAAAGGCUAAAUCUUAUUACCUUUUCGAUGGCUAUGCUCAUCUUUCCUCUGGCCUUGCUUGUGGUCUUGCUGGUCUCUCCGCCGGCAUGGCUAUUGGGAUCGUCGGCGAUGCUGGCGUUAGAGCCAAUGCCCAACAGCCAAAGCUUUUUGUUGGAAUGAUUCUUAUCCUCAUUUUUGCUGAGGCUUUGGCUCUGUACGGACUCAUCGUCGGUAUCAUCCUCUCUUCUCGUGCCGGUCAAUCCCGAGCUGAAUAGAGUGCAAUAUUCCAAGACUCGGGAUUUUGUAUCCGUUCAUUCAUUUUCAUUUGCUGUUUGUAAGAUUAGAACAUAGAUUCGAUUCGAAAUAAAUCGUUUUUUACAUUGUUUCUAUUCUCUAUUUCUGGAAUCAAAUAGUUCAGUGUACUGUAAAGACCAUUAUGUUGAUAUUUUUCACUCAAUUCUGCUAUUGGCAUUGCAAUAAUGAAGUUCUACUAUCAGCUUCCCCA